UAAAUAAAAAAGGCCUAAUGCAUACAUCAAUCUUACUUUAAUGGGUGGUAGAAAAAACACUACAAACGUGAAACUUGUAUCGUUCCUUACGCUUUGAAAUAGAUGUUCAGUCGAUCGGCUUUGAUUGAUUCAGUUGGUUGUUUUUUAAGUUGACAUCGCUAGAGGGAGACAUUUUAUUAAUCCUGAUCUCAGCACAGGGUCGUCUGCACAAAGCUGUCUAUGGUAAGAAGUCAUUAUGUAGUCCAGCCUUCAUCAGCCUGUUUGCUGUAUAUUGUCGCUUAAGACGCAAGAGGACCUACAGCGUCAUGUUGAGAAAGGAGAAGAAUGGAGCCGGGACGUCCCAACUUAAACCAGACGAUCCCCUGAUAAAAUUGGGGGUCCAGGACGAUGACGAUGUGAAGACAAUGCUGCAGGGCUCCUCUAUGACGAAGGUGCGUUCUCCACGCUGGAAGAGGAAGCGCAUACUAAAGCUGUUAAAUGAUGGAGUCACCGUUUGGUGUGAAUCCAACAAGGCCACCAACAAAGCCAAAACUCAACAGUCCUUCUCUGUGAUGGAAGUGGAGUGCGUGUGGGAGGGCUGUAAGUCUGAGACGUUGAGAAACCUGGCCACCUCACUCCCAGAAGAUCAGUGUCUCACCAUUUUGUUCAAAGGAGGGAGGAAGAGCUUGGAUCUCCAGUGUGACACAAAAGAGGAAGCCCAGCACUGGGUCAGUGGCAUUCGAACCCUCCAGGGCAGAGUCAACAACAUGACCCAGAAAGAGAAACUUGACAAUUGGAUCUAUGGCUACCUGAAACAAGCUGAUAUGAACAAAGAUGGCAAGAUGUCAUAUAAGGAGGUCCAGAUCCUUUUCAAGAUGAUCAACAUAGACCUGAAUGACGAAUAUGCUGCCAACCUCGUUAAGAAGUGUGAUAAAUCAGGAGACGGGCGGCUUGAACAUGAGGAAAUUGAGCUGUUUUGCCGUGAGUUGCUACGCCGGCCUGAGCUGGAUGCAGUGUUUCAGCAGUACUCCGCUAAUGGUUGUGUCCUCUCCACCAUGGAUUUGCGAGAAUUCCUGAAAGACCAGGGCGAGGACCACACACUUGUGCAUGCUCAGAGCCUUAUUCUCAACUAUGAGCUCAAUGAAUGGGCCCAGAAGAACCAGUUUAUGACACCCAAUGGUUUCACCAUGUACAUGCUGUCUAAGGAGAAUGAUGUGUAUAACCCAGAGCACGGCAGAGUGUACCAGGACAUGAGCCGCCCACUCAGUCACUACUUUAUUUCCUCCUCACACAACACCUACCUAACUAAAGACCAACUCAUCAGCGAGAGCAGUGUUCAAGCUUAUAUCAGAGCUCUAAGACAAGGCUGCCGCUGUGUGGAGCUUGACUGCUGGGAUGGGGAAAAGGAGCCAGUUAUUUACCAUGGGCACACCCUCACAUCCAAAGUGCCAUUUAUUGAGGUGGUGAAGGUCAUUGCUGAAUAUGCUUUCAAGACUUCUCCAUAUCCUCUUAUUCUGUCUCUGGAGAACCACUGCUGUGUGGAGCAGCAGACAAUCAUGGCCCAACAGCUGCGAUCAAUUCUGGGAGAUAAACUGCUCACCACACCUAUCAAUGACAAGCUGCUUCAGUGGCUACCAUCACCAGAGGACCUAAAAGGGAAGAUCUUGAUAAAAGCAAAGAAGAUAAAAGUGAAGCAGGACAGCUCCAGCUCUGACUCAAGUUCCUCAGACGAUGAAUCUAAAGCUGAAAGCAAACCUAAAGCAUGGAAGGACUGUAAGUUGAGUCCAGAUCUGUCUGAUCUGGUGGUGUACACCUGCAGUGUUGCCUUCAAAGGAUUUGAUCCAUCUGCUAAGAAACCUCCCAAUGAGAUGUCCUCUUUCUCUGAGAGUGAUGCAUUAAAACUAAUCAAAGAAUCAGGCAAGCUGUUUGUAUGUCACAACACAUUGCAGUUGAGUAGGAUCUAUCCAUCUGGUCAGCGGGUGCAAUCCUCCAACUACAAUCCUCAAGACAUGUGGAAUGCUGGUUGUCAGAUGGUGGCAUUAAACUUUCAAACCCAAUGUGAAGAGAUGGAUCUAAACAGAGGCCGUUUUUUACCAAAUGGCCGCUGUGGCUAUGUGCUAAAACCAAGCUUUAUGUGCCAGCCUGAUUCAGAGUUUAACCCGGAAAACACUGGGGGAGGCCCUGGCCACAACCCAACCCUGCUUACUAUCAAGGUGAUUUCAGCCCAGCAGCUGCCUAAACCUGACAAAGAGAAGCUCAGCUCCAUCGUGGACCCUCUUGUAUGGGUGCAGACUUAUGGGGUUCCAAUAGACAACAACACAAAGAAGACGCACCGCAUUGACAAUAACGGCUUUAACCCCAGAUGGGACUGCACCUUUAAGUUCCAGCUUCAUGUGCCAGAGCUGGUAUUAGUACGUUUUAUGGUAGAGGACCAUGACUACGCCACCAGAAAUGAUUUUCUGGGCCAGUUUACACUUCCUUUCACAAGCAUGCAGACAGGUUACAGACAUGUGCAUCUGCUGAAAGGAGACGGCUCUUACAUGUCUCCCUCCAGUCUCUUCAUCCAUGUUAAAAUCACACCUGGCUACAGUAGCCCUACCAGACAAGCGGGCACACAUAGUACCUGAGAAUAAAGUGUGCCGUUAAAGCUUCUGAAGUCCCCUUAUCUGGGAAUUUGAAGUUUUUUUACACCAGAUUUGUGAUCCAAAAUUGCCACCACUGUGUGAGAGUUAUGUUAUUAAAAAUGAUACAGAAGCAAUUUCACACUGUAAAAAAAUGAGUAUAUUUGUCUUGUUUACCAGUAAAAAUUACUUUUUUAUUUACAGAGAAACAAAAUAGGGGGGAAAAAAAGAUACUUUUCUGUUUUAAAUUUGAUUGAGCCAGGGGGGUGAAAACUUUUGAACAGGAUGAAGAAAUCCAAAUUUGUUUAAAUAUAAGAUUUUUUCAUUUAGUAUUUCCCUUCGGAAAUUCCUUUCCUGGAAGACAAAUUAAGUACAGUUUACCUCGAUAUUCAAAUUCAAAAAGUUUUCACCCCCCGGCUCUUAAUGCAUCGUGUUUCCUUCUGGAGCAUCAGUGAAUGUUUGAACCUUUUUUAAUAGUUGUUUGAAUCCCUCAAUUCUCCUCAGUGUGAAAGAUGGAUCUCAAAAUUAUACAGUCACUGCUGGAAAGGGUUCAAAUAUGCAAAGAUGCUGGAAAACCAAAGAAUUUUUGGGACCUGGAGGAUUUUUCUGAAGAACAGAGCUCAAUUUAACUGCUCAGAACAAACAAGAGAUUCAUGAACAACCAUCACAAAAAAUAUAUAAAUUUAUAAAAAUAAAAAAAUGGAUCAUCCAGGUAACCACACACAGUAUUAAGAAUCAAGGGUUCACACUUUUGAACGGGGCCUUUAUAAUAAACUCAGCUAUUUUUGUUUUUGUCUUGUGGAUAGUGCUGGGCAGUAUGACCAAAUAUUUAUAUCACAAAAUUAUAUCCGUUUCACGGUAUAUGGCGGUAUUUUUGCCCAGUCUAUUUAUUAACUUACAUCGUCUUCUGUGUAGCAGAAUAACCCAUCAUGUCAUCGCAGUCGUGAUCAGACGUACAAUUCAGUGUCCUUUGCAUAACGUUACAUUUCAUUUGAAGAAGACGUGAUGAAAUAUGUGCGCAUACACGCUGCUGGUUCAUGUUUAGAGCACUAGAGUAUAUGAAAUAGGUCCAUAAAAAACUUGAACGUGCUCGCUCCGGUCUAUAUCUGAUAUAUAUGAUUCAUGUGGAGAAUGUUGUUAAUCUCAUCACGGCGCUCCGCGCAAAAACCGCUCUAUCUUGCGCGCCGCGUGUAGUUUGAAUUCUCCGCUGUAAUCAAGGGCUGAAUCCGAAAUUGCCCCUAUAACCUCAAAUAGGGAAUUAUUUGAGGCAACAGCCAUUUGUAGUGGUGUCCGAAACCAUAGUGGACGUUAUUGAGUGCACUCAUUCAAUCCCACAUUGCACCGCAAUAACGAGUGUACAGCCAAUGUACACACAACGGCUGUCCAAAUUCACUCUCUCAUUUUCAUUCACUCUUUCAAGUGAACAAUAUAAGUGGAUAACACAGGGAAUAGUGAAUGAGGCUUUAGGGGGGUGAUUUCGGACUUACCAUAGGCUGUGAUGCGAUUUCAGCUGUGCUCUCAUUACAGUGCAACAGUGAAACGGGACCCUCUCAAACAGUGACGCUGUGCCGCGUUCCAAACGUUGGUUAAGCGACACAUACCGGUAUUGCGGUAUCAUCAAAAUUCAUAUCAUAACAAAAAUAAAUACCGGUGUUCGGUAUGAACCGGUAUACAGCCCAGCACUACUUGUGGACUAUAUGUAAACAUCUGUUAUGUAAAAUAUCUUACUUAGGACAGUACUAAAUAAAAAAUAACAUGC